GCUAUUUCUUGGUUAGUUUGACAGUAGCCCAGUUGUUCAGAGUUUGACACUAGUCUUAUCAGUUGGCUGCCUGUCUGUUACUCUGCUGCCUGCUCAGAGUCACUGGCCGCUGUUUCCACUGUCACCGUUCGAAUGCAGACGGAUUAAGUUAUCUUUACAACCAAACUGACAACUUAAGGAGUUUAACACAAACUACUUUCUAGUUGUUGCUCGUCGCCAUGGACACUGUUCAGAAGUUGACGUCUGGGUUUGCUCUGGACCUGGGACCACUGAAAGAGCCCCUUGGAUUCAUUCGUGUCCUAGAAUGGGUCUUCACCAUCUUUGCCUUUGCAACCACUGGAGGUUACAGUGGAACAACCCAUUUUACAGUCAAAUGUCAACCUGACAAGGACGGGGUGGAUGUACAGGCUGUGUUUGGCUACCCAUUCAGGUUGCCAUCACACCCAUAUACGAUACCGACAUGUAACGGCAGUCCAUCCAAUCAGACCUACCUGCAGGGCGACUUCUCCUCCUCAGCAGAGUUUUUUGUUUGUGUUGGUGUGUUUGGGUUCCUUUACUGCACCGCAACACUCAUCCUCUACCUGGGCUACCAGAAUGUCUACCGCCAGACCAGCCGUGGUCCCAUCAUAGACCUGGUGGUCACCGCUGCCUUCGCCUUCCUGUGGCUUGUGUCCUCCUCAGCCUGGGGCAAAGGACUGACUGAUGUCAAAUGGGCCACGAACCCAGAGCAUCUAGUGGAGUCAUGCAAGGAUGUCUGUCACCCAGGAGACUUUCCUUCCAUGGGGCGCCUCAACGCCUCUGUGAUAUUUGGCUUUUUGAACUUGAUCCUCUGGGCAGGUAACUGCUGGUUCAUAUACAAGGAGACUCCAUUCCACAAGGAUCCCAACCCACCAGCCACCAUGGAAGAAGGAGGGGUCCCUGGGCCCUAGCCACAUCACUGAGAGUCGUCAAGCAUAGCCCUGUGCCCACAGCAGAAACGCUUUGUGCCCAACACUGGUCUCUAAUGUUAACCUGCUGAAAUGCCAACAUGUGUCAGAGCUAUUUUUCAGUUAUGGCUCAAGUUAAUGUAGUCCCAAAUGAUUGAGCAACCAUGAUUUUUUUUUUUUUUUUUAAAUCUGUCAUCACUGUAUGUAUUUGAUGUUCAGAACAGCAGGCCUGCAGUGCAUUUGCUUCCACAUUAGCACACUGUCCUCCCUUGAUGUCCGUCCUUCACGGAGCCACCCAGUCAUGAAAUUGUGACGUAAGAACCCAAAAUCUCUACUGGUCUAUUGGGGGAAAGAUAAAUCAUUAACAGAAGUUGAAAGCAAACAUCCCUCACAUCUAGUAAAAGUAAGAAACAAAAUCCGGAAGCAAACGUUUUAGGCUAGAGUAAAUGCACACCUGGGGUUCUGGGCAGGAGUCCAUUAAUGGGAUGAUUCCAUCUGUAAGAGGAAGUAAUAUAGUACGAGUAAAGUACUGUAAUUAUAACAUGUCCGUUACAUCAAUUUAAAUAGAUGAGUGAUGGUCAAAAUAUGCUCAAUGCUCGUUUCCUCCAUUUAAAGAAAAAAGCAUAUCUGGUCUAUAAAGAGUGAAGCACGUGUUCUCUUCUUUUCUAAGCUCGGCCUCUGAGACACCAGACCAUGUAACAAUUAUAUUAACUCUAAUAUGCCAUCUCCCUACCAAUGUUCUAUGCUACUGACAUUCACACUAAUGCUCAAAUAUACUUCAAAGCACUACUUCAACAAACUUUGAUUUUCUUGUGAUUAAAAGGAAUACACACUAAGUAAAAGACAAAUCACACUACGAUCCACUGCUAUUCUCCGUACUUCAAGAGGGUAAGCAAAGACUCUUAUUUUGAAAGUGUCAUUUUGGGUGAUGUUUCAGGUUGGUUGUGACAGCAUUGGCCACAGUCUUGUUUAUUUUCAGCCUGUAUCCAGAACAAGGCAGGUUCUUUACAUGUUUACUCCAGCAGCUGUUGUACAUGAGUUCACAGUGGAAGUGAUCGAAUGAUGUUAGGCCAAACCAUGUUUAGUUCCUGUUCGGUCAAAAUGUUACAUUUACACUACUCCAUAACACUAAGACUUGAUUGAAUGAUCUUUUGCAAAAUGUGACUUGCAGUGACAUUAUUUAUAUACAGUGCAAAUGUAUUUUUAUCUACAGUAAUUGGUCAGUUGCAUAUUUUUAAAACCAAUGUUGGGUUUCUGUUUGUAUUUCCCAGUGAAAAAGUGCCAGUGUGCAGCUUCUUCUUGAUUUUCUUUUUGUAAUGUUAGUUUUGCUGUUAGGUGUGUUGUACCACUGAGUAGCUGUAGGCCUAAUCAAGAUUAAUAGUUAAAGUAACAAAAGUGACAAGAUGUGGUUGCCAGAUGUAUGUAAUCUUGUUGUAUUUCUUUAUGGCUCUUGCCCAUAGUUCUGCUCUACAUGUAACUUUACAGCCAAUGCUAUACACUACAAGGUUAUGUAUUGAACUCCUAUCGUCACUGUUUAUCAAUAUGUGUCAAUACAUUGAUUAUUUGCAUUGCACUAAGAGGGAUGUAAUGAUCUCUAUGAAGUAACUGUUUUGAGUAAUUGGGCCGCCUGUGCAGCUGUUUUUUCCACCAGCGUAUCCUCUGUAGGAAAUAAAAAAAAGGGCUGUUUGGGUCACUAUAAGUAAAGUAAUAUAUUUUCCACAUCAUACUGAAAUGAGACACAUAUUUUGUUAGAUACUUAGUCUAUUUUAAAAGAUAAAAAAUGGUUUAAUUAGAGCACAGUAAUAUGUGGGAUGUUUGUUAUGGAUUAUUGAAAUUGGAUUUGAUAUAUUUUAUGCUUUGUUUGUGCAAAAAGAAACAAUGAUUUAACUGUAUUGACAAGUGUAAAACACGAGACCUGUAACUGCUGGAUUUUGUCUCUUUUUUUCUUUGUUUUACAAAAUGAGUUUAUAAAUUAGUGUGCCUGUA